AUGUCACCGGAGGAAUACGUUAGGGAAUCCGGCGAUCUUGGAGGAACUGAGCUGACCCUAGCUUUGCCCGGGACUCCCACAAAGGCAUCGGACGGUCAACAAAAGUCCGGCAACAAACGUGGAUUCAUCGAGACCGUUGAUUUGAAACUCGGGGAAGGACACGUGAACAAUUACAUCUCAUGCAACACUUAUGGCGGAUUGGUGGGAUGGCCGCCGGUGAAGACAGCGAGGAGGAAAUACGUGAAAGUGGCGGUUGAUGGUGCGGCUUAUCUCAGAAAAGUCGAUCUUGGGAUGUACGAUUGCUACGGACAACUUUUCACGGCUCUAGAAAACAUGUUUCAGGGGGUAAUAACAAUAUGUAAGGUGACGACGGAGGUGGAGAGGAGCGGCGAGUUUUAUGCAACUUACGAGGAUAAGGAUGGUGACUGGAUGUUAGUCGGAGAUGUGCCGUGGCUGAUGUUUGUGGAAUCGUGCAAACGUAUGCGGUUGAUGAAAAUCGCGGAUGCUAUUGGAUUAGUGCCGACAAGAACACCAGAACAUGAUGACAUGGACAAGACGGACACGACUUUCCUGCUUCACUAA